AUGUCGUCAUCACAGGAGGAUGCUGGACAUGUAACAGCACUCACGGCACCAGUUUCAGCAUCCUCCUUACAACAGCCGGCGUCACCAGCGAACCCACAGCAGACAGCCACCAAGAUGCCACCCUGGGCCAUACCCUUCGACACGCCGGCCAGAAACCGCUUCCUGAAAGACUACCGGAUUCAGGCGGCCUCUGCAACCUCAACCAUCCUCGCCUGCCUUGCCGUGACGCCACUGGAGAACGUGAAGACUCGACUCCAGUCAUACAACUUUAAAGGGACCACUGACUGCCUUCGAUACAUGCUAAGACAUGAAGGCCCAAGAGGCUUUAUGGCUGGCGCUCUACCACCACUGGCAAGUCUUACGAUAGUCAGAGUUACCAAUUUUACCAUCUAUCAGAAACUUAAACAUACACUCUCCGACCUCGUUGAAAGGAAUACCGGAACCUCACCAUUAGUCGUCUACAACACUCCAGGUUCCCUUCCAACAUUUACCGGUGUCUCAUGUUUUAUGCUUUCUGGAAUGGUGGCGGGUGUUUGUGCUGCCCCCAUUGCUUGUCCCUUCGAACUGGCCAAAAAUGUGGUUCAAACUUCUGUAUUGAUGGCGAGUAGCCAGCGUGGACCAACCGGACAGGGCCUCAAGUAUACGUCACUCCAAAAUGUUCCACGUCUUUCAACUGCUCAGGCCAUCAAACAAAUCAUCUCUCGUCAUGGCUUUAGUGGUCUAUACACCGGAAUGGGUCUUCACAUGGCCCGAGACACAGUCGGCACCGGGCUGUAUUUCGCCAUCUACGAAACCUCUAAGCAAUUGAUAUCGACGUACCUGGGUGAUCACCAUUCUCCGUUCGGGCCACCGUUGGUCGCUGGUGCGCUCUCCGGAACCAUCCCAUGGCUAUGUACAUACCCACUUGACACGCGAAAGACUCGUCGACAGAGCAUGAUCCUAGGAAAAUCCAAAGACAUGGGAGCCGCAUUGGCCAAAACCUCUGUUUAUACAGGGUUGUCAGUUAUCAUACUACGCACGGCUAUACAGAAUAUGCUCCUCUUGACGAUGUUCGAAUAUUUCAAGAGAGAGAUUGAUAAAUUGCCAGUUGAUCCGAGUCCGCCACUGGUUUGA